AUGCAGUCUUCCAUCUUCGACAUGCCCUCCCGGGAAAAAGAAGAUGAAGAACAAGACAACAAAAACAAAAAGAAAUUUCGAAUGUCCAACAUUUUGAGGCGGCAAAACAAACAAUCCGACUCGCCCAUGGUCAUUAAGACGAAUGAAAUGAUCACCCAAGUACAUAGUUUGCAAGAAUACAAGACUCAUGUUGCGGAUGUCACCGAUGCCCUCGUGGUGGUCUUUUUCACAGCUCCCUGGUGCCGGACCUGUUUGCGGUUGAAACCCAAAAUGAAGGCCAUGGCCGCCGGACUGCAUUCGAUGCAAAAUGUCAAGGUGGUUCAAAUUCCGUUAUUGGAUAAAGAAUCUGCCGCCCUGUUUGAAGGCUUGGGAGUCAAGUCCUUUCCAUUUGUGCACCUGUACCAUCCAGAAGAAGGCUUGGUGGAAGAACUCAAGCUAAAUCGCAAAUUGUGGAAUGACUUUCAAAAGACUCUCAAGGAAUACUUGCAGGGAUCUUGCAAUGUACAAUACAAUGAAAACGAGAAUGAUGAGGAUAGUAUUACCGCCGUUCGGCAAGAAGCAGCCAUGAGUGCACUCGCACCAUAG